AUGUAUAAAAUAAAAUUGCAGCUAACUGCUAGCAUUCUGUUGGUAAUUAGCCUAGUCACCCAUUCUGAUUGUCAACAAAGUAAUAUAUUCAACCAAACACCGUUUCAACGUCAACAACUGCAACAACAACAACAAACUCAGCGAUUACGUCAACAACUGCAACAACAACAGCAGCAAUUGCAGCGUCAACAACCGUUUCCAGCCAAUUUUAAUAAUCUAAACCAACUUAAUCCGUUAGCAGCUCUUAACACUAUACCGCCAAUUGCACCUAUAGGUCCGCAGGCAUCCUUUCGUCCAUAUAAUCAGUUAACACCACCAAAUUUUGUGCCAAUCACAGCCUAUCAGAACGAUUUGAAUUAUGAUGGGAGUUUCUCAUAUGGUUACGCUUCUGCGGAUGGUACAACAGCACAAGCUCAAGGUUAUGUCAAAAACCUUGGUCUUGGCGAAGCCGUUGAAGCGCAAGUAGUAGAAGGAUCCUAUUCGUAUACGUCACCAGAGGGAACACCCAUAACAGUUCGUUAUAUAGCAGAUGAAAACGGUUUCCGAGCCGAAGGUGCACAUAUACCCACACCACCGCCCAUACCUGAUGCUAUUGCUAAAUCUUUGCAAUAUAUAUCUUCCGUACAACCAUAUCAACAGACACUUAAUCCCAAUUUAAAUCCAUAUCAAACACCGUUUAGACAAUUUCCACAAACACAGAACUUACGUACCGGUCAACAAUUGACACCACUACAGUUGCAACAACAACAGCAACAACAACAACGCUUCUUUCAACAAAAUAGUGGGCAGUACCAACCGGAAAAUCAAUUUGGAGGUGGCGUAGCACAGCAGUCUGGUUUAUUGGGCUCUAGUAACUUAUCGGGACAAUUUGACGGUCAAUCGGGCAUCUUAUCACCAAGCAAUGAUUUAAAUCAAACAGAGCAACGGAAUUUACAACAAAAACAGCAACAACAGAAUUUACAAAAUGCACAACAACAGCAGCAGCAACAACAACAAGCCCUUGCAACACAGGAGCUACGUGAACGCAACAAUCAAUUUGUGAGUCCUUUCGGUUACAACCAAUAUCGUCGGUAUAAGAAGGCCACAAAAACCUGA